AGUUAUGUAAGCUCUGUAUAGAACACUUUUAUUGUAACUUCGGUUAGAAGUUUUCAAUCAUUCUACGAGACAAAAGAGUGUGUGCUUCAUCUGCUCUUUGUGCAUAGGCGUUAAUUUUUAUAUUCUUUUUUCGAUCAUGGUCAUCGCUGUUGAUAGCGAUGUGGACGGGAGGUAACUCCAUCAGUCAAGAAUCAGGAAGUUGCCGCCCCAUGUACGGGUAUUUUUGGUGGCCGAUACGCAGACAAAAAUCUAGAGAUCCAGAGAUGAUGACUUACAGAUGAAGCUUAACUAUGAUGUGAUGGCUCAAGAAUCCUACCUACAGCCUAACAGUGUAACAUAUAUGAGAGAUUGGAUUUUUUUUUUUAUCACCUUGAAGUGAGAAAGAUUUCAUGAAUCAGUGUGACAUAUAUCAGAGAUUGGAUAUUUUCUUUGUCACCUUGAAGUGAGAAAGAUUUCAUAAAUCACGUGGUCCACCAUACUACAUUUUCUACCGAGCGAUAGUGGAAGGUAGUCAUUAAAGUGACAAGAUGAUGGGUGUUCCUGUGGUACAUGUCCCUCCUGGUGAUGUGGGAUCAUCUGCCCUAGCUGCAAGUUUCCAACCUGCCCAUCCAUCUGCUGCAAAAUUAACUGAAGACCAGGUACCAUCCUCCAGAGAGGAUACAGAGAAGGCAACAAGUGCUCAGGAGUUAAACUUAGCCAGGAAGUGUUUGACCCUGUCAUCAGAAACUUUCCAGCAAGUGGGUGGAAGCUUAGCACCACAAAGCACACAGUUACUCCAGCCUGCAGUUCAUUUAUUACCACAGGGAGCUUUUUUAAACCUUCCAAACACUGUCAGAACAAACAUGGCGUCACCAGGUCUUCAGCUUCCGUUUAUCAACAGCAUGAAUCAUAAUACCAAGCUGUCAUCAGCUUUACCAUUAAUGGUAAAUGGUUCACAGACAUGCCGAGUAAAAACACCUUCAUUGACACAGUUACAGAUAAGCAGGGCACAGAGUAACUCUGGCAGUUUAUUAUUGGCUGAAGCCACUCAAGGACCAGAAGGUGAUAGUAGUAGCUCACAAAAACACAGUCAUGAUACCCAACACGAUGUCCUUUCAAGCAAGCAUAAUCUUGAUUGCCUACCAUCUCAGUCGCAGAAUGCACAAAUGUCACCAAUACAAGACAAUGAUAACAUUGUAACAUCCGCUGAUCGGUCUGUGAUAACUGUUUCUUCUCAGCAGAAUCAUGUAGCUUUGGUGCCUUUAUUUUCACAGUUUCUUCCCCCUGUGACUAUAUCAGCUGGCAGUGAAAGGCAUACACAACAUCCUCUCACCCAAAUCCAAGAGAAAUAUGAGAAACCAAAAGUCAUUUCCAAAAAAGUGUCUGCUUCCAAAAUCAAGAAGAACCAUUCCAAAGAGAAUUACAUGAGAACACUUCUAACAACUUCAGUGGAAAAGAUGUCAGUUUCUCUAGACUCAGACCCUGUUAAUGGAGAGCACAAUAAUGCAGAUACCAUAUCUGUGACUCUUCCAUCGCAGAUGCAUGCAGACGUCAAAGCUCAUAAGCCUAUGGGAACUGGACAAACCCAUGAAAAGAAUGCAGUGGAUAUGGCAGCUAAUAAUUAUGGAGUUGAUGGUGAUGACAAUGAAAUAGUCUGGCUUAACAAGGUAGUUAAAGUUAAACCGUACUGUGAAAUCAAGAACACAGCUCCUUGCACUUGUCACUGUCCUAACUUCAACAUUAGGAAUUUCAGUGGAGCUGUGGGCAGCACAUGCAAGGUUGCAGCAAACAUUGCUGUUGAAGGUGAUGAUGACAUAAUCUGGGUUAACAGAACUAUUAGAGGCAAACCAAGCUGUGAUUUUCACAGUACCAAGUGUUCUUUCCGCAUGCAGAAUCCACCUGGUGUCAUUGUGUUGGAUGAUGAUGACGACAACGAUGUUGAAAUACUAAGUGCGGAGUCAGUUAGGCCUGUUCCGCUUCCAUUAUCAAGUGACAAUCACACUGCUACUUCUAAAGACUCACAUAUAAAAAUUCAUUCUAAAUCAGAAAGUUUACAAGGAAUUCCUUCUGCAGUUUUGGAAGUUCCUUUUAGUGAGGAAACUAGCUCAGUGAAACAAGAAGGUACAAAAUCCAAGUCUUAUCUCAUAAGCAGUGACCACACUGCAGGAGCAUAUGAUGUUGUCCCUGACAACUCACCUCAGUAUAGAAGUAUCCAUUCUGAAACAGAAAACAUACAAAAGCAGCCACCUUCUGCCAUUCCUCAAAUUGAUUCUGGUGCAAACACUUGCGUAGCUAGACAGCAGGAAAAGCAACUUGCAGGUGACUGCUCUGAUCAUGUAACCCAGCAUUUAGAACCGAUAUACAAUCAGAUGAUUGAUGCAAGCUUUCCUUUGAAUGUGCAAGCCUCCAUUCUUCAGCCAGGAGGUGGCAGUGGUAAAGACUAUGUAUCAACCUGUGAUGCUGGGGACUUUGUAACACCCUCAGCAACAGCUGGAACAUCACAUUUGUUGGAAGGUUCAUUGCCAAACAGCCAGCUUCAUAGUUCAUUUUCAGAUAAUGAUAACUUGGGAUUUUUUAUCAGUGAGGUAAAGACUGUCACACCCGACUUCAACCCUCUUCAUGAGCUCUCAUCUGAAGGAUUUUACGUGUGUGGUUGCAUGUUGGGAGAGUGCAAUUUCAGUACUCAGUUUGCUUCUAUCUUUGAAAUGCAUUUGCAAAAGAGCCAUGCAAAGAGUAAAAUAUUUACUUGUGUACAUUGUGGGAAGUUGGAAGAGAGCAACAAAGAGGCUGUAGACCAUCUUCAGAAACAUUUGGACCAGAGCAGAGAUAUGAUACAUUGCACACAGACAAAUUGUAGAUAUAGCUGUAUCUCACCUGAAGAGUUCUUAGGGCAUACAGUGCUUACUCACCAAGAUCUUCCUCAUCCUAUUUGCUGGAACUGUCACAUGACCUUUACAUCUCUCAGUCAGCUGGUAGCACAUGUCAAAUACAAUUUACUACAGAUGGUGCAUUGCGUUUAUUGUGAGGCGGCAGACACCAGCAUUGAACGCAUUCUGAAGCAUGUAGAUAAAAACCAUGCAAUGGGCAAGCGAAAGUAUGCUGUUAAAAAGGUCCUUCUUUGUCUGGAGAGGGCAUCAAACCAUUGCAAAAAUGAUGCUGUGCUCGCUGCUGCAGAGAAUGACUCAUCAAUUAUUAGCGAGAAGCAGGAGGGGCAUUUAAAUGCAUCAGGUGAGGUGCCUAAUGUACUAGGCAAAGAGAAACUGUUAAAAACAAGAGAAAAUGAACCUGCUGAAAAUGAACCUGAUUCUUUAAAUGAGUCAGACAACAUUGUCGAUUGUGAAACAUCUGUGUUUGAAACUGUCUGGAUAAAAGAGGGCUCACAUCAGUUAGAAAAUUGCAUCAAAAACACGAUAAUGGAAAUGCAAAGUCCUAUGGUAGAACAUGAAUUGAAGGAAGCUCAUAGGGAUAUUCAGAAAAGCAGCAAGUUGUCUUCUAAAUCACUGUCUUCAAACAAAAAGCAGCAGACAAACAAGCAAGAAUUUUCAGAUAAAAUUCAGCAGAAGUGCGACAGUAUUACUUUUGGUCCUAAAGUGACUCCUCCCAGCAGAAAGCAGGAGGCAAAAAAAAAAUAUUACCAAAAGAAUGAUAUGCUUACUCCUAGUCCAAUGCUAACUCCUUCCCAUGAAAAGCAGAAGCAGACACCUUCCACCAAGCAGAAGCAGAAGACAAAAGGUCAAGAAAUGGAGGGUAACAAAAUUCAAAAGGGUGGUGAAUUAUGUUCUAGAUCAUCCCGUUCCUAUGAAAAGCAGGAAUUGAAAGUUCAAACAAUUGCAGUUAAAAAAGUUGAUCAACACAGUGGCUUUGACGCCCCUAAUAUGUCUCAUUCAUGCAAAACAGUACUUGAACAAAAUAGGGAAGUGCAAAGAUAUGAGUGCACAAUCUGCCAGCAAUAUUUUGCAAAGAAAGCAAACCACAUGCAGCAUAUUCAUGCCCUUGUUCCACUGAAUCCCAGUUUGCUGGCAGAAAAUUUAAGUGAAAAACAUUUUUCAACAGACAUGAGGCAAAAAACUGCAAAGUAUCCUUUCACAAGAAAAAGAUUAGCCCAGGAGCAGGAACACAGCCCAUCCAAGCAGACUUUACUGGCAAGCAUGAAGUCAGAAGGAGGAGCACCCAAAAUAACCCUUUCCAGCUCACUCAGUCAGUUACCAUUCAAACAAUUAAGAUCACACUCAGAAUCCAGCCAAACUGACAGUGAAUUAUCAGAUCAAACAGUCUGUAGCAGUGAAAACUCAACAUCUCCAUCAAAAGAAAUCAGGUAUUGUUGUCACAGCUGCCCGCUUACCUUUACAAAUAGAAAAAAGUUUUUUAAACAUGUGCACCAGCAUAAUUUAUGUAAACAUUCUAAGGACCCAAUGUGCUCUUUACUUUCUACGCCUGCAAAAUAUGCAUUGACAAGCACGGACAGUGCACACUCUCAAGAGACACAUGAUCUUAAAGUGGAAGGGACUAAGAAGGAAAGCAAAGAGUGCAUCCAGCACUGUGAUGUGAAACAACAUCUUGAUAUAUCAUCAUCAAGCUGCAGAAAGAGAUCUGGUGUGGUAGAGAAAGAUGCAAAAUCUUCCCAUUCAAAACACAGAAGACCAAACCAGACUGUACAUCAAAAAGGUACAUCAAAAUGUCGUGAUUCAUGUGGAAGCAAACAGUCUACUCAAAUGGACACUGAGCAACCAGGGAGCUAUAACAGCAAGCCAAAGGCAUUUGUGAAACUUAAAAAUCAUGAGAAACAAAAGGUCUUGUUAUCUUGGCUUGUAAGUAUGUCUAUCACCAAGAAAGCCCUUCAUGAAGACUACAUCAUCAAUGAAGAUGACAUCCAUUUGACCCUAGAGGAUAUUCCACAUUCUUGUUUAGAUGAUAGUGUGAACCUUAGUUUGGUUCAGCAUUUCUUCACUGCUGAUGCUUGGAAAUUGAUAUAUGCUUUAAUAGAGAUUAAGAAAGAGGAGCCAUGGCUUUGCAAAUGCUGUGAGAGAACUCUUAAGAAGAAGUCUGUGGGGUGUGAUUCCUGCCUUUGCUGGUACCACUUUCAGUGUGCUGGCUUAUGCAAACAACCCAAAGAAGAAUUUUGGUUCUGCAAGUCUUGUGAAAGUGGGAAGUGUGUGCCCUUUCAGCCCUAAGCUAAGAAGUCAAGAACAACCCGUCAAAGAGUACAUUAGAUUCUAUGCUGUGUUCAGAAUAAAAUGUCUUUAAUCUUUGCUUCCUAGCACCCACUACCAUUGAAAAGCUAUCCUGAAGCUGUUUGUUUUCAACAACUGCACUCUCCUCGCCCACUCACUAGAGACACUGCAGUCAGUCAUUAACCAAUAUGCCCAAACAGAGCUCCUGAAGAAAGUAGAAGUAAUGUACCAAAAGCCUCAACAAGCUUACGGCAUGGCUUCACAGUGUAAUCAAAAAUGAGACCGCAAUAUCCAAGGACUUUGACAUAAUCUCUCUAUCAGCUUGCACCUUCUGACACUCACUGCACAUCAUGCAAAUUUAGCUCUAUGGAGUCAUUGUUGUUCUGGUGCUGCUAUAUAAAACAGAGGCAUAGAGCAGCAGUUAAAUCACUUCCACCAGCGCUGUCAGGAAUUAUUCAUGGGCAGUAGGGCCAUGCCUCCAGGUCUUGGAAAAGGCAAAUCUGCCCCGCGUUGAAGAUAUCCUCUUGAUCAAGCAGCUCUAUUGGGUAAAUGUUAUCCGUAUGGAGAACUUUCCCCUGCCCAAAGCUGUCUUUUAAUUGGAACUGUGCAAUGGCAGGUGAGUAGAAGGUGUCAUCAGCAAUUGCUUCAAGGAUUAGUUCUGUGUGAGUCCUUUGAGGCCUCUCAGAAAGAAGCAGUAGAGAAAAUAUGAAGGUGAAGGAUAAGUGGCCUACGCACGUUAAAAUGUCAUCCAGUGACACUUUUGCCAGAGGUCUGAGUGUGACCAGACAGCAGGGAUUGGCCAAUCUGAGGGCUAUCCGUGUUAGGUUUUUACACUGUCACUGGUUUCCAUGCACUAUACAGAAAUAAUAGAAAUUUUAUUGAAUUCUAUUGGCAUUGAGUUGUUAUAUUGCUAUUGGAUGUUAUUAUACUGCUAUUAUAUAUUGCUCUUGACAUUUUCAAUUUUAUUGCACAGGCAGCAAAUCAGAAAAAGAUGCGAAGAAAGAAAAGGAAGACUUGUAACUGAACAUUGCACAUGUAUGUUCUCUGAAGGAUAAAGAUGUGUUUCACUGACAGUAAAACUUGUUUAAACUUUGAAGAAAGUAUCAAGAUUAUUAUCAGUUUUCAAAAUUUAGUUUGUGUUGCCUUUUUCAAUACUCUUUUACCUAGUAAACAGAACUGGAAACUUG